UUUUUGUUGAAGUCUUUUAAUUUCUUCCCAUUAUCUUAUUCUGUUUUUUUACCAAUAAUCUGAUCCAAAGAUGCCUUACGGACAACUUGAAGUUUAUGUUGCAAAUGCCAGAGGCCUUGAUGACACAAAUUGGCUAACUGAUAUGAAUCCUUAUGUUGUCGUCACCUGCCGCACUGAAGAGAAGAAAAGCAGUACUGCAUCAGGUGAAGGAUCCGACCCUGAGUGGAAUGAGUCCUUCCUCUUCACCAUCACUCGUGGUUGCGACGAGCUUCACAUCAAACUUAUGGAUGAAAACACAUUCCAAGAUGACGAUUUCCUAGGAGAAGCAACAAUUUCUUUGGAAGAAGUGUUUCGUGAAGGAGAAGUAGGAUCAACCUCUUAUCAGCUUUACAAGGAUGAUGAAGAAUGUGGAUCCAUCAGACUUGGCCUAACUUUCACUCGUGAGGAGAGGGAUGAAUGUGACGAGGACUUUUAAUUUUUGCUGUCUAGCCGAGGAGUUUGAUUUUACGGAAGGUCGUGUGGUUAUCCGUACUAUAAGAAAUAUUAGUCCUAGAAUAAAUUAUGAAAUGAUAGCGAAUUGUUUUUUUUUCAUUAUCAUGUUCUUGUAUUCGCGAAUAAUAUAUGCAUUUAGUUAUGCGAUGAUUUUUGUAUUGUUUUAUAUUGAAUGUAACGUGAAUAAAGAUACACGUGUUAGCAAACAUACCGUUUGUGUCA